AUGAAAGGCAUUCUUAAUUCUCAACAGUACAGAAAAGCUUUGAUUCAACUGCAAGCUGAUAAAUUGUGUUCUGGGUUGAGACUGUUAAGCACUCAGACUACUCCACAACCUCAACCUGCAGAGAAAACUCAUUUUGGUGGCCUCAAGGAUGAAGAUAGGGUUUUUACAAACUUGUAUGGUUUGCAUGAUCCAUUUCUCAAAGGUGCAAUGAAAAGGGGCGAUUGGUAUCGGACUAAAGAUUUGGUACUCAAAGGAACAGAUUGGAUUGUGGAUCAAAUCAAGAAGUCAGGCCUCCGUGGACGCGGCGGUGCCGGCUUCCCCUCCGGCCUAAAAUGGUCCUUCAUGCCAAAAGUUACAGAUGGUCGUCCCUCGUAUCUUGUUGUUAAUGCUGAUGAAAGCGAACCUGGGACUUGCAAAGACAGAGAGAUCAUGAGACAUGACCCGCAUAAACUCUUAGAAGGUUGUCUAAUUGCUGGAGUUGGAAUGAGAGCCAAUGCUGCUUAUAUCUAUAUCAGAGGAGAAUACGUAAAUGAAAGAAAAUCACUGGAAAAAGCAAGGCAAGAAGCUUAUAAAAAAGGAUUUUUGGGGAAAAAUGCUUGUGGAUCAGGCUAUGAUUUUGAUGUUCAUAUCCAUUUUGGUGCUGGGGCAUAUAUUUGUGGUGAAGAAACAGCUUUGUUAGAGAGUCUUGAAGGCAAACAAGGAAAACCCAGAUUGAAACCACCAUUCCCUGCAAAUGCAGGCUUAUAUGGCUGUCCAACCACAGUUACAAAUGUCGAAACGGUGGCGGUUUCGCCGACUAUUUUAAGGAGGGGACCGGACUGGUUCGCCGGAUUUGGGAGGAAGAACAAUGCUGGGACAAAACUAUUUUGUGUAUCUGGGCAUGUGAACAAGCCCUGCACUGUUGAGGAAGAAAUGAGCAUACCAUUAAAAGAGCUAAUAGAAAGGCACUGUGGUGGUGUUAGAGGAGGAUGGGACAAUUUACUGGCAAUAAUUCCCGGAGGAUCAUCGGUUCCAUUGAUUCCUAAGAGUGUUUGUGAUGAUGUUCUGAUGGAUUUCGACGCGCUUAAGGUGGCGAACACGGCGUUGGGGACGGCGGCGGUGAUAGUUAUGGACAAAUCAACUGAUAUUGUGGAUGCCAUUGCAAGGCUCUCUUACUUCUACAAGCAUGAAAGUUGUGGACAGUGCACUCCAUGUAGGGAGGGCACUGGAUGGCUAUGGAUGAUGAUGCAGAGAAUGAAAGCCGGCGAGGCGAAACUCGAAGAAAUCGACAUGCUUCAAGAGCUUACUAAGCAAAUUGAAGGGCAUACAAUAUGUGCUUUGGGUGAUGCUGCAGCAUGGCCAGUGCAGGGACUGAUCAGACAUUUUAGGCCAGAGCUAGAGAAAAGGAUUAGAGAGCAUGCACAGAAGGAGGCACUACAAGCAAAUGCUUGA